AUGAUCAUAAGUAAUCAAUUAUCUAAGGCUACCACAAGUGCAUCCUCGGCAUCAUCCUCGGCUUCUUUUCAAGGGCGGAAGAUGAAAAGGGCUCAGGGAUGGCCUCAGGGAUGCGACGGCGGUAGCUCUCUCGUCAUGACUAACUACCUACAAGGAAGCGAAUCGAAAGAAAAAGGUCGAUCCACUUUGAUACGACCAAUAGUACCAAUCAAUGAACAUCAGUCCAAAUUUUUCAAAAAUAUCCGUCUGCACCAGGCGGCCUACUUGAAGAAGAUGCAAGGACAGCCGGCCCUACAUCAAACAUCGCUGAGAUCAGCAUCAGGAAAGUAGUGCGCUGGUAGGGUCGUUUUUCGAUGCACAGACUGAAUGAGUAGAAAGAAAAUCAAUUAAUUUCAUGAAAGAGAUACACAUACAUCGCCAUCCAAUUCGAAAUCGUUGCACAGCAAAAUGUCGACUAUCUUCUCAGCGCAUCACUUGCAACUUAUUAU